GGCCAGUGUCAGCACGGCUGGAGGGAGAACGAGGACAAAUGUUACUUCUUCUCCAACGAUACGAAGACGUGGUUCGAGGCUAAUACGUUUUGUUUGGAGCAGAACAGCAACCUGAUGAGCAUUCAGGACAUUCAUGAGAGGUUGUGGGUGAGAACACAAAUUGGCAGCGAGAUCCACUGGAUCGGCCUGAAUGACCAAGUUGUGGAAAACGUCUGGGAGUGGAGUGACGGGAGUCCGUUUAUACAAUACCUAUCGUACUGGAUGCCAAAUCAACCAGACAACUAUCAGGAUGCAGAGCACUGUGGUCAGGUGGUUGGAUCUUACUUUGGACAGUGGAACGAUGAAAACUGUGGCGUUAAGAGAAGAUACAUCUGCAAGCAUAUCAACCAAAAUCCUGGCCCGCGGUGCGACUUGGCCAACGGCUGGAGGCCCCACGGCUCCAACUGCUACAAGUUUAAGUCACAACUGAGGAAGAGUUGGUUGGCAGCGAGACAUGACUGUGUGCUGGAGGGAGGAGACCUGGCGUCCGUGAUAUCAGAAGAAGAAAACACCUUUGUGGCGGGAGUAAUGGAGCAAACGCAUCUGGACCUCUGGAUCGGACUGUCCACACUGAAAUGCAACAAGAUAUCAUGUAAGGUUGAGACUGGAAACACCAACUUUGCCUGGUCUGAUGCGGAGGGGUCGUCGUACAGAAACUGGGGUGAAGAUCAACCGACGGUUGACGCGCAGGUCGGCUCAUGUGUAGCAAUAAUCAAAGAUGCAUCAGAUGAAUUAGGAGACUGGAGGUCCCAUCAGUGCAGAUAUGAACGUCCUUAUAUGUGCAAGCGUCCACUCAACACCAUCUGCCCUCGUGGCUGGCUGAGCUUUGCUGGCAGUUGUUACUGGAUGGUCAGUAACAUCAACCUCUUGACCACCUGGCAUGACGCUUUUACCAAGUGCGCUGAUUGGGGGGCUCACCUGCUGAUUAUUAACAGUCAAGAUGAGCAAUUUUUCAUCAACGGCAAACUUCCAGAUUUUCACCAGGUGGAAAUUCCUGACAUCUGGCUCGGCUUAUCAGAUAAGGACCAGGAUGGUGUCUUCCAAUGGGUCGAUAAAACCGCAAUUGCAUAUUCCAACUACGGUUCUGGCUGGCCCGUAAACACGGCAAACCUGUGGGACUGUGGGCAGAUCUUCACAGGGAAUUAUGAGGGAAAAUGGGAAACAACCAACUGUUUUAAGAGGCUGGGUUACAUCUGUGAGAUGACAGGUGGACAGAACGCAAAACCAACUGCAGCUCCUGACUCCCACUGUGACACUGGGUAUUUGUUGUACGGGGACUUCUGCUACCACUUUGAGCAGGAGCAGGUGAAAAACUGGCACGAAGCCGAGGCUCAUUGUAAGACGGAGCAGGGUCACCUGGUCAGCUUCCACUCACAGGAAGAGCUGAGUUUCCUGACUGCUCACAUGGCAGCGCAGGCCUGGGUGGGUCUGAAUGACAUUAAUGUGGAAGGCCAGUAUGUAUACACCGAUGGAACGACUGCAGAAUUUAUCCCGUGGGGGAUCAACCAGCCAGACAACUGGCAGGGGGAUGAGGACUGCGUGAACAUCAGAGGAUCGAAUAAUCACGACCCUGGGAAGCUCAACGAUGACUUCUGCACUGCGACAAGAGCAUAUAUCUGCAAAAAAGCUAAGGGACAAGGACCUCCUCCCCAUCCUCCAACAUCAGGACCAGGAUGGAACGAAAGAUGCGGUUCUUGGAUGUUCGACCCUUUUAACGACUUCUGCUACCUGUUUAACUACCUGUCAAUGAGGACGUGGGCGGAAGCUCGAGCUGACUGUGUCAACCAGGGAGGAGACCUGGUCAGCGUCACCGAUCCCUUCGAGCAGGCCUUCAUACAGGGUGUGAUCCAGCAGACUCCCACAGGGAUCUCCCUGUGGAUGGGCGGACACGACUCCGUCACUGAAGGCGGCUGGGAGUGGAUAGACGGAUCUCCGUUCAGAUACAUUCGCUGGAACGCAGGAAAUCCAGAUAAUUACUUUGGGGAGGACUGCCUGUCCAUACUUAUUAAUAAUGGCUACUGGAAUGAUGACAACUGUGAGUACAAGAGAGGAUACAUCUGCAAGCGGAGAGGCAACACACCUGAGCCGCCUCCGCCCCAUGAUGGUUUUAUGACGGCGCUGGUUUGUCAGGACUCCAGCGCGGUGCUUCAUUGUCCACAUGAAAGUGUGAUCAACAUCCAGUCUGCUUUCUAUGGACGAAAGAGCAGCGACAUCUGCCCGCACUUUGUGGGAUCAGAAGGCAGCUGCACUGUUGACGGCAUUCUUCCCCCGAUCAGAAAGGCAUGUGACAACCGUCCUUUCUGCUUCAUUUAUGCUCACACGGAGGAAGACCCUUGCCCCACCGUCUCAAAGUAUCUGGAGAUCGUCCACAGCUGCGAACAAAAAGUGUGUCUGCAGGGUUUGGGUGUUGAGGACGGGAACGUCACAGACUAUCAGCUGUCUGCUUCCUCUUCCAUUGGGUUUUUCACUCCUGAAAAAGCUCGUCUGAAUGGGAAUUCCUGCUGGAUGCCUUCAGGAAGUGCAACCUCGAGCUGGAUUCAAGUGAACUUGGGUGAAACCAGGAAGGUAACAGGGAUUGUGAUCCAGGGAUGUCCUCAGACAGAUCACUGGAUCACCAAAUUUAAGAUCCAGCACAGUACAGAUGGUACAACCUGGACUGACUACACAGCUGAUGGAGAUUAUUUCCCAGGCUCAAUGGACAGAAACACUGCUGACACUCAGCUGCUGGGCACGCCCGUGUCAGCUAAGUUCAUCCGCAUCCUUGUAGUGGAGUUCAAUGGCCAGGCUGGGCUUCGCUUUGACGUCCUGGGAUGCACGCCCGACUAUGCAAUUACCUGUGCCAACAAGCCCAAUUUCAACUUUGCCAACGACCGAAUGACGGUUCAUUGUCCAGCACGCUGCGCUCACUCUGACUACACAGUGUACGGCACAACAGUGUAUCGUGGGGACUCAAACAUCUGUGCAGCAGCCAUCCAUGCUGGAGUGAUUCUGAAUGAGAUCGGAGGAGAGUGCACUUUGUUGAAAGCUGACGGACAGGACUUUUAUGCCGGCUCCACCAGGAAUGGCAUCACCUCAAGACAAUAUAAUGGAGACUAUUCAGUGUCUUACACUUUUGCUGAUGGGGAGCUGAGAUGCUCAGGACCUGACUGGUACGAGUUUGGAGAGUUCUGCUACAAACCUUCUGGAGACAAAAAGACGUGGCACGAAGCCAGGAGAGAAUGCAGGAAUCAAGGGGCUGAUCUGGUGUCCAUCCUGUCAAUGACCGAGCAGACCUGGGUGGAAAGCUACUUGUAUAUGGCCACCAGUGAUGUGUGGACUGGUCUGAACGACCUUGCAGUCCCCGGUAUGUUUGCGUGGACGGAUGAACACAUGGUAACCUUCACCUACUGGGCUCCAGGGGAACCCAACAACCACGACGGGUUCAAUGAAGACUGCGUGGAGAUGUUACACCAGACCGGCCGAUGGAAUGACGUGUCCUGCACAGAACUCAAUACUUACAUAUGCAAAAUGUCCAAGGCACAUUACCCGGUGCCGUCUGUCAAACCUACUGUGUACGGAUGUCCUCAGGGUUGGGAUGCAUAUGGAUACUCCUGCUACUGGAUGGAAGAGACGGCCAGGACCUGGUCUGAUGCUAAAGCCUUCUGUCACGAGAAAGACGGCUUCUUGUUGCACAUCGGAGACAUUUAUGAACAGUCACAUUUCACAGUGACGCUGACAGGAAAGACUGGUUUGUGGUGGAUUGGCCUGCGCGCUCACGGCGGGACGGGUGGAGGGGUGGACUACUUCUGGGACACCGGCUUACCACUCACCUUCACGCACUGGGACAGAGACCAGCCAGAUAAUGGGGAGGGCACCUGCGUUGCUAUGACAACGGGUCGGAUAGGCGGCUUCUGGGACGACCAGCGGUGUCUGGACGAACACGCUUUCGUCUGUGAAAAAGUCAGACCUGACAUCACCCCGCCCACCAAGGCCCCGACGCCUCCUCCAUCGCCGGACUGCGCCAGCGGCUGGUCGGCGCCGCGCCACUUCAGGAACUGUUACAGGCUCUUCCACAAGGUGGACUGGUCCCUGAAGAAGAGCUGGGGGGCAGCGAAUGAGGACUGCAUCUCCAGGGGAGCCAACCUGGUCAGCAUCCACAGCCAGGAAGAGGAGGAGUUCCUGUCUCUGUACAGCAAAGCUAGCAGCAAGUGGAUCGGCCUGAAGCACAACCCCACAGAAGGAGGAUACUCAUGGAGCGAUGGCACGCCCUUGUCGCACACCAACUGGGGCUACGGGGAGCCGAACAACCACGAGGGCCGUGAGGAGUGCGUGGAGAUGGUGAGCAGCAACAAUGGCACCCACUCUUGGUGGAACGACCUCAACUGUGAUGCUCAUCAGGACUGGAUAUGCAUGAUCUCCAAAGGGAAAACUCCCAUCCUUCCUCCAGUGCCCCCGCCUCCCGUCCCCGCGCCUGAAUGCGGCUCCAACCCAGGCUGGAGGAAGAACAACAACAUCUGUUACUAUUACAACGACACCGACAUAGUCGACUUCCGCACGGCUACGGCGCGCUGCUUCGCAGAGAAGGCCAGGCUCGUGUCCAUCCUCACCAGAGAUGAGCAGGCUUAUGUUAACACAAUGGUGGGAACAGGGGACGUGGCUGCAGCCUGGAUUGGGAUGAGGAUGUUUGGCGUCGCUAACGGGCAGUACAUAUGGGAGGACUUGUCCCCAGUGACAUACACUCACUGGGCUCCAGGUGAGCCCAACAACGCCAACGGGGAGGAACAGUGUGUUCAGAUGAACAGACACCAAGGAGGAUGGAACGACGCAAACUGUGGACGCGCCGGAGCAGGUUACGUUUGUAAGAAGUUCCCUGGUGACGUCCACACCCCUCCGCCACCCACACAACCCUGGGAAGGCAACUGUCCUGCUGGUUGGCUGCGUUUUAAGGACAAGUGCUUCAUGUUCAAAGGUAGAAAAAAUGACAUCAAGGCCAACUGGUCUUCUGCUCGGAGCUGGUGCAAGGAACAAGAAGGGGAACUGGCGGUUAUUGAUAACCAGUAUGAAAACGACUUUGUGUCUAGUUACCUGAAAGACCUGGAGCACGGUGCCUGGAUCGGCCUGUCAGAUCUCCUGCUGGAGGAUCAGUACGCGUGGAGCGACGGAGUACCAGUGCUGUACACCAACUGGAAUCAAAAUGAGCCCAACAACGCUGGCGGAGUGGAACACUGCGUGGCAAUGACACACAACCCCCUGAUAGUGGGCAAGUGGAACGACGACGCCUGUCACAAGGAGCAUAGCUUUGUCUGCUACAGGAAGAAAUCAAGCAGCAUCCAACCUCCUCCCCCGCCCGAGAAUCCCUGCCCAUCCGGCUACAUCUCCUGGUACCAGAAUUGUUACAAGCUGGUGGAGCAGCCGGCCACCUGGGACGUAGCCCAGGGAGCCUGCAAGGCGGAGGGCGGCAACCUGGCCAGCAUCGACAUGAGCUACGACCAAGCGUUCAUUGCAGGGGUGGUCCUGCAAGGGAAAGCCGAUGCCUGGAUUGGACUUAGACGCAAGGAAGACGGGUCAUACAUGUGGAGUGACGGCUGGCCGGUAUUCUUCACUCACUGGGGACCCGGAGAGCCCAGUAACAUCAAGGACGAGGGCUGCGUGAGCAUGCACGCUUCAAUCUUCUUCCACGGGACGUGGAAUGACACCAAGUGUGACCAAGCUAAACCCUACAUCUGCAAGAUCACCUCAGAACAUCCACCGCCGACUCCCAGCCCUGGCGAUGGGAAGUGUCUGCCGUUCUGGGUCCCCUACGGCCAUCACUGUUACUACGUAUAUGACAGGAAGGAGGGCUACUCUUGGCCCGAAGCCCGACACUACUGCCAGUCCGUGAGGACGGAGCUGGCCUCGAUCCACAGCAGAGCAGAGCAGGAAUUCCUCAGGAACCUCAACUACACCAAAUAUCACCACGUCUGGAUCGGUCUCACCAGGGAUAACAACCUUGGCUGGGGCUGGACGGAUAAAACAUCACUGGGAUUCCUUAACUGGGCUCCCGGUGAGCCGAACACGAACUUUCACCCCGGGGACAUUGCUGGGGAGAACUGUGUGGAAAUGUAUGCUGACGGACGCUGGAACGACAACAACUGUCUGCAAAAGAGAGGCUUCGCCUGCCGUCACCGCCAAUACUACACCACCGAUGACAACAAAAAUCCGGUUUUCCCCACGGAUGACCCAGGCGCUGCCGAUGGAGGGGUUAUAGCCGGGGCCAUUAUCGGAGUGAUCAUCUUCUGUGUCUUGAUUGCUGGCCUGGUUUACUACGUCUUCAGCGUGCGGGGAUAUAAAAUGAGCAGCAUCAGUUUACCAAGAAGAACCACCACUACGGUUGAUGAGCCUGCAUUCAGCAACCCCAACUUCCCUGGAGAAUCAGACACCUAAACCAUCAUCUUCAGCACAGAACACCGAUGCUGAUACUUUUAACAAAUCAUCUAGAUUUCAAGUCUCCAAAAUGUUUCAUAGGAAUGAACAAUAUUGUGUAUACUGUAAUAUAUUUGGAAAUAAACAAAAUUUCAUUUAAGUACA